AUGGGGAUCAAGGUUCCUGGAUUGAAUAGAUUAUCCCCGCAGCACUUAACUAUAAAAAUGUCUUUCUCACUAAUGUUGAAAUCCUCAUUACAAGAAUACAUUUCUGAUCAAUUUCAAGUUGGGGACUACAAAUGGAAAUUGCACAUGCAUCGCGAUGCUGAAGGGGAGGGUUGCAUCUCCCUAUAUUUAGAGAUGGUUGAUACAUCUUUCUUCGAUAUUGGUUGGUCAGUAAACGCUGUUAUCAAAUUCUUUGUAUUGGAUCAAAACACUAACAAAUAUUAUACUACCCCAGGCCCAGAUUCUGUAGUGCGAUUUCAUAUGUUAAGAAAACGAUCUGGCAUCGAUAGAUUCAUUGAUCUUCCUACGUUUGAACUUUCUUCCAACGGAUACCUUGUUGACGACAAAUGUGUAUUUGGUGCUGAGGUUUUUCUUAUCAAACAAACUUCCAAAGUGGAGAUGUUGAUUUUACAGGAUGAAGACUCUAGUUUUACCGCCUCCCACAUUUGGAAGAUCAAAUCUUUUUCUAGUCGUCCGCUUGAAAGAUUUGUAUCUGAAAUUUUUAUUUGGGGUGAUUUUAAAUGGCGUAUAGGCCUUUUUCCCGUCGGAAAUGGAGUUUCCAAAGGGAAUAGUAUCACGGUCUAUCUAAGUUUGGAUGAGUCAACUCUUCCAAAGAAUAGCAGAGUCUAUGCCAAGUAUAAGAUUUGCUUAUUAAACAAGGAGGAGUCGGAUAACAUCGAUUUUAUUGGUUAUAAAUACUUUACUGCUUUGGUCCCAUAUAGUGGCAUCAUUAAGUUAUUUGUGCUGGAUGAAUUUUUGGACGUGGAAAAAGGGUUCUUGGUGGAUAAUUUAUGGUCUAUUGAAGUAAAAGUUACCAUUCUCGGGGUGGUCAACACAAUAGCAUGA